UAGUUUUUGAAAAAAUCGUAAACAUGAAAAGUUUACGGUUGUUUACAAAUUGCAUUUGAAUUAUCAUUUUAUCAUAAUCGUAUCAUUUUAAAACGAUCAUUCGCCAGUUUUUGCCAAAACACUCAACACGCUGUUGGCGCCGAUAGUUGAAAUAACAAUAUCAAUAUAGUGUUUUUCUUUUACAGUUGUCGUUUGUGUGUUGUAUAAAAUCGUUUUUAUAAUAUUUUAUUUUUAUAUUAGACCGAAAACAUGUCGGAAAAAAGAGAACAUGAAGACGACGAUAAGACCAAUGCGUCUGAGGAAGACGACGACGAUUGCGUAGGUCCCAGUUUGUCCGAAUUGACAAACACCGUCGAGAAAAAGAAAAGAAAAAUUCUAAAGUAUGAACAUUUGUACUUGGAAAAUUUACCAACAUGUGAUACUUAUGAAAAAAGUUACAUGCAUCGGGAUGUUAUUACACAUAUAAUAAUAACCAAAACUGAUUUUUUAAUAACAGCAAGCUGUGAUGGACAUGUGAAGUUUUGGAAAAAAACUGAAGAGUUAAUUGAAUUUGUAAAACAUUUUCGUAGUCAUCUUACUCCAAUUACUGAUUUAGCAGAUAAUUAUAACGGAACUCUAAUGUGUACAAUAUCGUCAGAUCAGUCUGUCAAAGUUUUUGAUGUUAUUAAUUUUGAUAUGAUCAACAUGAUAAAAUUAGAUUACAUACCACUUAGUGCAUGUUGGGUGCAUUCAAAAGGAGAUCCAAUUCAUACUGUUGCUGUAAGCAGCUCAACUGAACCUAAAAUAUUUAUUUAUGACGGAAAAGGAGUAAACACACCUCUUCAUGUAAUAGACAAAAUGCAUACAAAACCAAUUGUAUUUAUUAAGUUUAAUUCAGUAUUUGAUGUGACUAUAUCAGCAGAUAAGAGUGGUAUAAUUGAAUAUUGGUCUGGAGCUAAAACAGAUUAUGAAUUCCCAAAGUGUGUACAGUUUGAUUCUAAAUUGGAUACUGAUCUCUUUGAAUUUGUUAGACAUAAGACAUAUGCAACUAGUUUAUGUUUUUCAAAUGAUGGAUUAAAAUUUGCUACCAUGUCACCCGAUAGAAAGGUCAGAGUUUUUAACUUUUUGACUGGUAAACUAAAUAGGGUAUAUGAUGAAUCUUUGAUACGUUUUAGUGAACUUCAACAAAAAAAGCAACAAAUACCUAACAUUGAAUUUAUUCGAAGAAUGGCAAUUGAACGAGAGUUGGAUAAAACAGAGAUCUCUCAUACAGCUAAUUUGUGUUUUGAUGAAAGUGGAAAUUAUUUAUUUUAUCCAACCAUGUUAGGUGUGAAAGUUGUCAACAUAUUUAAUAACACAUUGGUCAAAAUUAUUGGAAAACCUGAAAACUUAAGAGCAUUGAGAGUCGCCUUAUUUCAAGGUAAGGCUAAAAAACUAAAAGCAGCAGUAACAUUAGAAAUGGAAGCAGCAACAAAUCCUGCAUUGGAAGCUUCUAUUAGUGAUCCUACACUGUUUUGUACAGCAUAUAAAAAGAAUAGAUUUUAUAUGUUUACCAAGCGAGAACCAGAAGAUAUUAAAAGUAUUGAUGCAGAUCGUGAUGUAUUUAAUGAAAGACCUUCAAAAGAAGAUAUUAUAUCUUCUACUGAAGCUGCUUGUAUCCAACGAUUAUACGAUACAGCUACUUUGCACACUGUUUUUGGUGAUAUCCAAGUAGCAUUAUUUAAAGAAUGCCAAAAAACAGUUGAGAAUUUCUGUGUUCAUAGUAAAAAUGGAUAUUAUAAUGGCAACAUAUUUCAUAGAGUUAUCAAAGGAUUUAUGAUACAAACUGGAGAUCCUACAGGUACUGGAUUAGGCGGUGAAAGUAUAUGGGGUGGUGAGUUUGAAGAUGAAAUUCGUUCGCAUUUGAAACAUGACAAACCUUAUACAUUAAGCAUGGCUAAUGCAGGUCCAAAUACUAAUGGAAGUCAAUUUUUUAUCACGCUUAUUCCCACUCCUUGGUUGGAUAAUAAACACACUGUAUUUGGACGAGUUACCAAAGGAAUGGAAGUAGUUCAAACUAUUUGCAGCUCAAAAACUCAUCCUAAAACCGAUAAGCCACACGAUGACAUUCAAAUAAUUAACAUCAGUCUAAAAUAAAUCAGUAACUUGUGUUUUAUUUUCGUGUUAAAAAUUAAUGUGUUGCUAAUAACAAUUUUUUACAUUAAACAUGUAUGUCAUACUGUC